GCAAAUCUGCAUUCAGAGUGACCCUUCCCCAGGCGUUUUCGUCACGAGGGAUGCCUGGAACGGGAUGCUCCAAAUUAGCGUUAAUGGAGAAAGAGAGGGCGGGACUUUCAGCAACAUGGGCUUUGCAGUGAGUGAGAUGUACGUACUUCCGAUAGAGGGAUAUGCGUUUCCGUUCUGUCUGGAAAUUGGUUCGUCAGAUUGAUUCGUCAAAACCCUAUAAUUUCGCUAUUUGUCGUUAUUGUUGUUCUUCGUGUCGUGGCCGUAUUCUUACUCAGGCCGGAGGCUGUAAACUGGCCUCCAAAGCUCAUAGGAACUAAGAACGGAAGUGGCGUUGCGGUAGACCGGAUUAACGCUACACUUCCUGACCCUCUCUCACCCUACACGCUGAGAUAGGUUGCAUCCUCUCUCCGGCGUUGAUUGGUUGACGCGUUGCUUGGACACGGUCAAACAAAGGGCAUGAAUGAGGGAAAAUAAACAUGGCAGAAUCAAUGGUUCAAUAUGGAAGAAGAAGAGGAUCAAGUCCGAUGGUGUCUUCAGAUGGGGACUGCCAUGGGACUAAACCCCUGUUAGAUCUGAGACAGGUCACUGUGUUGCCCAGAGAUGAAUACUUGAGAAUCAAAGAAUCGUUAAAUCACCAAAGUAAUCACAAGAAGAGGAUUGAAGAAGCAGCAAAACAAAGAGAGGCGAUGCAUCAGCAGUCCAAGGAAGUGGUGAAGCUAUGGUCCAAUACCAUCGUGGGACAACGGCAAAAGAAAAUCGAGGCCAAGAAGAUCCGAGAGGAGCUGGAAGAGGAGCAGCGCAAGGCCAGGGACCUGGAGGAGGCCCAGUACCAGGAGCAGUUGAGGAAGGAGGCCAUCGCAAGAGCCAAGGCCCAGCUGUACUACCAGACCCAACAGGUCAAGGGCUUCCAUAGUGCUCUCCUACUGACCGAGGUGCUGAAGGAGAGAGAGGCCCAGCUCGAGCUGAAGCGCAGAAUCGAGAGCUCCUCCAAAGACCGUGACCGGGAGGUGCUCGACAAGAUCAAGUCCCGGGAGGACGAGGCCUUGGAACGAGAGAAGCAGAAAGCCGUCCAGAAGAAGCUCAACACCCAGGCGGUGGCGGAGGACCUGAGAACACAGAUGAGGAACGUCGAGUUGGCCAGAGCUCGGGAGAAGCUGGAGAACGUGAAGGAGGGAGAGGAGAUCCAACGCCUUCGCCAGCUGCACCUCAGGGAGCAGAGUGCGACGAGACAAAGACAGGAGGAGCGGAAGAAGAGCACCAUGCAGGCUCACCUGGAGCACAUCUCUAACCGAGACGUGGUGAGAGGCAUCGAUGAACGGAAGCGGGCGCUGGAAGAGGAGCAGAGGGAGCUUUUCCUCGCCACCAAGAAGAAGAUGGGGAUUUUAAGGAAGGAGAAGGAGGCGGAGUUGUUCAGAGAGGCCCAGAUUCUCAAGGACAGGAUUAGGAACAAGCUGACCGCCACCCAGCAGGAGAAGACGGACCACGAGGACGAGUGCAUCGCCAGGGCCAUCGCCGAACAGGAGGCCAGAGAGGCCCUGAGACGCAACGCUGACGAGGAGAGGAAGGCAGCGAUGCAGAAGAGCAUCUCCGAACACAGAGAGACCCUGCGGCUGGAACAAGAGCAGAAGGAGAUGAUUGCACGUCAGAAAGCCCUGGAGGUGCAGCAGGCCAAAGAGGAGACCGCCAGAAUCUUCCUGGAGAAGCAACAGCAGAAGGCCCAAAAAGCCAAGGAAGAGGGGAGAUUUCUACAAGAUCACUAUGUCCAGCAAAUGGCGGCGAAACAGGUCCGACACAAGCAAAAGAAAACAGAGCAACGGGAGUCUCUGGUGAAGAACACGGAGCUCAUCGUGGCAGAGGGGCAGCAGUUCCAGCAGUAUGCGUCGCAGGUGAUCCGUGAAGCGGCGGUGGGCCAGCGGAACCUCCUCCCGCUCCACAAGGCCGCCAGAGAUGGGCUCGGCGGAGGCCUGGGGCCCGUCUUCGGCGGCACGCAGCCGAGCUACCUCGUUCAAGACGACAGCGGCGUGGAGAUGCCGCGGUACGUGUGCGGUACGACCCAGAACGUCAAGGAGCUCAACGAGACGACGGACAUCGAGGGAGCGAGGAAGCGGCUCGGCUUCACUUGGUGAUGGGGCGGUCGUAGUGGGCUUCAUACCCAUUACUGGGAGUUUUGGGUGGGUGGGUGGGAAACACUGAUCUGGAUUUGUUUUGAAAAGUUAAGUCUCGGUGCUGAAACAAAGUUUGUUGAUUCAUGUAUAAAGUGGUUGGUAUGGUUAAUUUACCGCAUCCUCAGUUAUAUGUAUUGAAGUAAAUAACUAACUUAAAAUUGGGUGGACAUGCUCCGACUAAAAAUGUUAUGAGGAAAGACAAUAGUUUAUUUGGUACUGAGAAAUAGGUUAAUCAUUUGAUGUCAAAUAAAUACACAAUUUACAGAUUUAUACAAACUCGUUUUAUGUUGCAUGUUAUGUUGGACAGUCUCCAUUCGAAGUGAAACAACAGGUAUCUCAAACUACAAAAAAGAAAAAUCUAACGUGGAAGAUAUACAUGCAAAAAGACCCAAAAAUGAUUUAAAAUUAAAAAGGGGAAAUAAAAAUAAAAAAAACAGACUUCAACUGACUCAUGUUUCAUUACACAUUCUGGCUGGUAAAAGCAAAAAACGAUGUUCCUUAACCUCUCUAAACAGAUUAUGUUUGUAUACUUUUAAAAAAUACAGUAAAAAAGUACUAGGGGAGGGGUGCUCACAAGGAGGCUUUUUUCCGCUGCAGUAGAACUUCUAAUAGUUUAAACAACUCUCAUUU